AUUUUGUAUCCUGUGCGCGGGCUGGACUGGUAGGAAAUAUCAGGAAAUUUCCCGAAAAGUCGGUAAAAAUACCGAUAAAUACCGAAAUAUCGGCGAUAUUUUCGGCCAUUUUUUGAAAUCCUCCUGCUGCUGCUCCGCGCGUCGCUCCACUCGGUUCUAAACCGAUAUUUCGCCGAUAUGUCUCCGAUUUUUCAAUCCAUGUGUGGCAUAACCGCAUAAGGCACGUAAUUUUAUUAAUUUCAGAGUGAAUGGCGUUUUUAGGCCUUUGCCUGCCUCCGAAAUCUUUCUUCUUUCUCUGUAAAAACCCAAAAUUUCGAACUAUCAUUGCUGUUUUAGACGAACCUCUGCCGGCCGUGAUUAGUGGAAGGACUAUCGACACCUGAUACCCUAGGUGAAUUUCGUUAAUCGAAUUGUGGGGCUUUCGACUUGGUAUGGUUUAGAUUUAUAUGAAUUACAGAAAAGAAAGGAAAAGGGACAGGUUUUUGAGAUGAGAAACCCAUAGUCAUGAUUUGGGUAAGCGCUAAAAUUCAUAUAAAACUCACUAGUCGCGACGAACAACUUGAAAAUUUAUGUCAAGAGAAUCUCAAAUUGGUUUUCUACUAAUUUGCUUCCCCCUUCUUCACUAUUAUGGAUUUCUAACGCCUACUUGGGGUCCGGCACAGCGUCAACCCGUAUUAGAAAUCAGUCCGUUUGCAGCGCAAGAAGCUCGAACUCUAUUUGCACAAAAGCGUUCGAUCAUUUCUUCUCCAAACGCUGCAUUUCGAUCUCUGAGUUCCAGCCUCUGCUGCAGCAACAUAUCUUAUUUCAGUGGUUGGGAGAGCAACAAUUGAUUGAAGGUUGGCUUUCCAGCUAAUUCCUUGCCCUGAAGCAGUGAAAACAAAACAAGUCAAUGACAUUCUCUUAUCCAUUCCCAGGAUUUUCUUGGCUGGACUAAGACCCUUCAUGUCAAUCUCUGACUGCAAAAGUAACUUGAGUUUGUUAAUUUCCCCAAUUUCCUUGCUGAUCAAGAGCAUAUCAUCGACAUAUGGCAGUAGGUAGACAUGGCCCUUUUUAAACAAUUUGAGAAAAUACACACAGCUAUCAUAGCUGCUUUUACAGCCCUUUGCUUAUCAUGAAGCUAUCGAAUCUUUUAUGCCGCUGUCUUAGCCCCUGCUUUGGACCACAGGGAUUUCUUCAACAAAGGCAUAUAAUUUUCAAGUCAUUGAGUCACAGAACCCUCUGGUUAUUCCUCAGGAUCUCCUCCUCAAGGUUGCUGUGCAAUAAGGCAGUCUUAACAUCCAUCUGUUCGAAUUCCAAGUCAUAUUGUGCUACCAUGACCAAAAGCAAUCUAAUUGAGGCGUGUUUAACAACUGAUCAAAGAGUUUUGGAUUUUGCAUAUUCAGAGCUGAAGCAGUAAUCUUCAUAAGAGUUCUGGGCCUCCAGCAGGAAGUUAGCUGUAGAGUUUGACAACUUAAGUUGCCAAAAGGUCAAGCUCAAAGAAUUUCCUUGAAUAUCAUAUUUGAGGGAUGACAGUUUUGAAGAGGUACGUGCUAAGGCUGUUCAUAUCAUUAAAAUACAUCACAGCAAAUGUAGUAGACAGGAACAAUGGGCGUAUUGUUGCAACAGCAUCGACAGUUGAACAUGCAAUUAAGGGCUCUCUAGAGUGUGGCCGAUCUUGCAAUGCCAAGGCUGCAGGAGUUGUUGGAGAGGUAUUGGCCAUGCGACUGAAGGUGGAGGGCCUUGAAGAGGGACAGGGAAGAGGAAUCCAUGUUGAUGUAAACAAAGAGGUUGAGAAGAAAGGCUUCAAGAAUCGCACCAAGAUCUGGGCUGUUGUCAAUGGCCUUAAGAACAAUGGAAUAAAACUCAUUCUUGAUGAUGAUGAAAAUUCUUCUAGGCCAAGUUAUCGCUAAAUUAUUUUCCCUUUUUCCUUUUUUAAUCACUCUACAUCCGUAUGUAAAAGACAGGUUUGUUUGUUUAUGAAAAGGAGGAAAUAUCAGAGUCGCCUUAAUGAUACAUUGAAGGACCUUCCCUGGCAGGCCGUGUGCAAGCAGCAUGCAGGUACACACGCAUUCAACUAACAGCCCUCCUUGUCGGUGGUCUACUCUGCGCGUUUCACUGUACUGCCACCCAUGGCCUGCCAAUGAAGACUUGGGUUCCAGGGUCAUCAACGGGAAAGUUCCCGGUUCCCUGGCAGGCAGCCUCCGACAGUGCUGGGCUCCUCACUGUCUCAAACUCAUCGAAUCACAUGGUUUUUCAAUCUCCAAAUUCAAAGUUUUAUUGGAUGUCUAUUUAAUGUAGCUUUUGUAUCUUUAUGUGUUUUGGUACAAGCAUUUAGGAUUUUGAUGAUACAAACCAACUGGCCAAAAGUUAACAGUAGGCCCCAUCUGAAUUUCUCUUUUCUCUUUUUCCCCACUUUUCUCAGUUGAUAUAAAUUUCACCAACUUUCUUU